UUACAAGCAUAUAAAUUAUGUAAAGAAAUGAUUUUCCAAGAGUGAAACCUUGUUGCGUCAAAAAAAAAAAAUUAUGUUGCCAAUGGGGGUUGGUACUUUACUUAACAGGACCUCCUCCUGAUAAUGACCUCCCUUGAAGGAAGAAAAAAUGGGUACCUCCUGAUAAUUUUAUUAAAAAACUAUAAAUAAAUUAUGUGUACAUAUGAGGUUUACUUAAAGAGUGUCCUUAUUAGGGUUUGAACCCUGAACGAUAGAAAAAAAAGUUUAGUUUUUAUUAGUUCACUACUAUUGUGUUUGCACUAUGGUGUUCGUUGGACUGAAAACCAAAAGAACCAGCUGUUAGGAAAGAAGAAAUAACUGAGAACUAUUGUGUUCACACCUCAUGAUUCCUCCUCUAUCCACAACCAAAACUCUUACACUUUUGUUUCAAGAAUUUCUCCAACCAGCACAUUGUCUUCAAAGACUUUUAUAGCAAACAAUGGGACUUGAAGUUUUAAUCUGCAAAUUUCGGUCUGGUGUGGAGUGUAUUAGUCGUAUGUGAUCUAGUGUUAAUGCUUCUUAUGUGUGAUUAUUUUUUGGAGUUUUAGUGAUCAAGUCUCAUCUCAAUCUGAGGAAGUAAAUUUGAAUUGGUGUAUAGAAGGUUUAGGCCAAGUCAGUUAGACAUUUAUCCUUUUAGUUUAGUAUCAGUAGGCUUUUGUACAAUAGCAGCAACUAGCCAUUUAUCCUUUCCUGCUUCUCAUGAUUCCUCCUAUAUCCACAUCCAAAACUCUUAUAUUUUGUUUCAAGAAUUUCUCUAACCAAGUCAGUUAGCCAUUUACUUCCUAUUUAUCCUUUAGUUUUAGCCUCAGUAGGCCAAGUCAGCCAUUUAUCCAUUUAUCCUUUAGGUAAUUUUAUCCUUCUGCUACACUAUAUUUCUAUCUUUAAAAAAUACCGAAGUUCUAUACCCCCAUACAAACCGAAUUCUUCUCAUGUCGUGUACCGUGUACCGACGCGAACCGCGUAUUAUGUGACUAUGUGCCAGGGUAAUCUCAAAUGAAUUCAAUUAUCAAUCAACAAUUUCUGUCUAAAUUCACCCAGGAAUUACUAAAUUUACCCAAGGUUGUAAAGCAUUCAAGAUGGCCUUCGAGAGUAUUUCUGAUGACUUGUUGGUUAGCUAGGUUAUCAUUCAAUAAAAAAAUCCCUUUUAUGCUGUUCACAUAACAUAUUUUUUCCACGUUAAAUCUUUCUAUAUCCAACAGAUUGGUAUCUAGAGCCUUCUCCUUGGAGGGACUUGUGAGUGAAGUGAGUGAAACCCACCAUAAAAGCUUAAACACUAUUUUCAAUUCAUCAAUCAGAUGGAUUCUGAAACAUCCUACAAAGCCCUACCAUUAUCUGUGUUUGAUGGUGAAAACUAUCAUAUAUGGGCAGCAAGGAUGGAGGCGUAUUUAGAGGCAAAUGACCUCUGGGAAGCUGUUGAGGAGGACUACGAAGUUCUUCCUUUGUCAGACAAUCCAACAAUGGCUCAGAUAAAAAAUCACAAGGAAAGGAAAACAAGAAAGUCAAAAGCAAGGGCUACUUUGUUUGCUAUUGUCUCAGAAGAAAUCUUCACCAGAAUUAUGAUCAUCAAAUCAGCAUUUGAAAUAUGGAAUAUCUUCAAAAUUGAAUAUGAAGGAGAUGAAAGAAUUAGGGGGAUGCAAGCACUUAAUUUGAUUGGAGAAUUUGAGAUGCAAAAGAUGAAGGAGUCUGAAACAAUUAAAGAGUAUGCAAAUAAACUUAUUAGCAUUGCUAACAAAGUAAGAUUGCUUGGUUCUGAAUUAUCUGAUUCAAGAAUAGGUCAGAAAAUACUUGUGACUGUCCCUGAAAGAUUUGAAGCAACUAUAACUUCCUUGGAAAAUACAAAGGACAUGUUAAAGCUUACCGUGGGAGAGCUUGUAAAUGCUAUGCAGGGCCAAGAACAAAGAAGAAUGAUAAGGUCUGAAGGUUCAGUGGAAGGAGCAUUACAAGCUAAAUUAAAGAACUACAAUGGUGGAAGGAAUGAGAAAAGAAACCAGAGCAGCAAUAUAAGUCUCUUUUCACCCUAUCCAUACUGCAAAAAAAAAAAUAACCAUCCACCAAACAGAUGUUGGUGGAGACCAGACGUAAAAUGUCACAAGUGUGGCCAGUUAGGACAUGUGGAAAGAAUAUGCAAGGCUCAACAUCAGGGAGAAGCUAAGGCUGCUGAAGAUCAAACUUUGGAGGACCAACUCUUUGUAGCAUCAUGCUUUGCCACCAAUACCACCAGAGAGAGUUGGCUCAUAGAUAGUGGUUGCACAAACCACAUGACUUAUGAUCGUGAGCUCUAUAAAGAUUUGGACGAGACAACUAUUUCCAGAGUCAGAAUUGGAAAUGGCGUACUUAUUGAAGUAAAAGGCAAGGGAACAGUUGCAAUUGAAUGCCUUUCAGAUGCAAACAAUAUAGAAAUGGUCAAUGUUCAAAUGAAAUGCAAGAGCUUUUCCUUGGAUUUGAUGAAUGAGGAACAACAUGUUGCUGUACAUAAGGAAGGAAGGAUUCAGGUUGGUGUUGCAUUCUUCCACCAUCCAUCUAUCGUGAACGCUGCGGGAGUGAUGAGUUCCAUGGAUACAAUCAAUGGAAACUCUACAAAAUCUGUCAAAGAACCUGUUUCAGGGGAAAUCCUGAAACUAAAACAGGAUGUUACUGAAGUAAAAGCACAAGUUGAUGCCAUAUGGGAACAAAUGAAUAAAGGAGUGUCCAAUAACGUUAUUAACAGUUUUAAAAGCAAGCCUAUAGAAUCAAGAUCAAAAUCUUCUGAUGUGGAUGUUGUCCUUGAACAAAUCAAGAAGAAAACAGAACCUGAAAUUUUUGUAGGCUAUAGCUCAUCUUCAAAAGUCUAUAGAAUCUAUCUUCCACAAAGCAACAAAGUAAUUGUUAGCAGAGAUGUCAAAUUUCUUGAGUCAAAUAUUUGGAAUUGGGAAGAUUGUGAGAAGUUUGAAUUUCAGGAGGAGAAUGAAGAUGUUGAUGGUGAACCUGUUAGAGGAACUAGAUCACUUUCAGACAUCUACCAAAGGUGCAACGUUUGUCAUGGAACCAGAAGGAUAUGAUAAAGCUAUAUAUGAAUUCUUGACACAAAUGCUUGGUGUAUGCAGUUUCAGAGUCAAGGAGGAGUGUUGACUGGAUGACUAUGAAACUACGGUUUUAAGUUCCUAAUUUUUAGGAUCUAAGUAUCUUUUUUAUGUUAUUGUUAGGAACUCUCUGAUAUGCUCUAUUUGUUACCAGUUUUUUAGGCAUUUAGUUUUCAAAUAGUAGUUUCUUUAUGCAUUAUUUUAGGCUUUUCUUGAUGUAUAA